AAUCAAACGAAAUUGUCGUUAAUGAAUUUUCAUAAUUGUUGUUGACCAUUGUUGACUAAAAAUUAUAAAAUUUAUAAUUAGUUUUAUUAAUUAUUCAAGUAUGGAUAUGCCAAGCUUAAAAAACUCAAAUGUUAUCACUCCAAAUGUUGUUUGGUAUCAAAAUGAUGAUCGUGUUGUUUUGCGAGUAAUGCUGAUUGAUGUUGAUGAUUAUUUUUUGGCUGUUGACUACAAUCAGCUACGAUUCAGCACAAUCAACAACAACAAAAAUUAUUAUCUCAUUUUGAAUCUCUUUGGUGCUGUUAUACCUGAAAAAACUUUUCACAAAAAUCUUGGAAGAGAAUUGCGAAUUGAAUUGCCAAAAGCUCAUCGAUUCUUGAAAUGGAGCAGACUUGUAUUGAACAGAGAAAAAAUUCCUCAAAUAUCAAUGGAUCUUGAUAAGGUUGAAAUUGAACAAUGGAAAUUAAAAAAACCAACUAUCAAACAUGAAUGGACUGAUUGGAAUGAGUAUAAAAGAAUAAAUAAUUUAAAUAUCAUGCCUGAUGUUCCAUCUUCAGAUGGUGAGUCAUCAGACGACGAGAGAUUCAAUCUCAUCGAAGAUUAAUUAAUUUGUUCUUCUAACAAUAAUUAAAUCUAAUUUGUUUUUUUAUAUUUUAUAUUGUUCUUAAUUAUAUUUAAAUUAAUUCCAAA